AUUGCGGCCAGCAGGCUUUACGGCUUGGGUGUGGCUGCUCUUUCACGUAUGUGUGGUGAGGGCUCCCAUUCAGCUUGUUGGGGGGUCAGGUUGCGCUCAGACCUCUGCCCCAACCCUCAGGCCAGGCCUUCAAAGUGAGUCUCGCAGGAGGUGGUGUCCAGCGGGGACUUGUGUGGGAGAAGUGAAGUAAGGUGGAGUUCUCUGCUACCAAUGAGGCUUCAAUAAACCAGUGAAAUGACUCUUCAGGAAUUGGUACAUCGGGCUGCCUCCAUUUAUUCAGAUAAAAUAGCUGUAUGUUUUGAUGAGUGUAACAACCAGCCUCCAGUUUAUUACACCUAUAAGUCUGUGGUUCAUGCUGCUUCAGAAUUAUCAAAUUUUCUACUAUUACACUGUGACUUUCAAGGAAUUCGGGAAGUUGGUCUCUACUGCCAUCCUGGUAUUAACUUACCCUCUUGGAUUUUAGGAAUUCUCCAAGUCCCUGCUGCUUAUGCUCCUAUUGAUCCAGAUGCACCACCAGCGUUGUCAACUCAUUUUAUGAAAAAAUGUAAUCUAAGUUAUAUUCUUGUUGAAAAACAGCAAAUUAAUAAAUUCAAAUCUUCCUAUGAAACAUUAUUGAAUUACGAUACACUUACAGAACAUACUGACUUAGUACUCUUCAGGCUUCACUGGGAAAAUGUUGCAGUCAGUUUGAUGCUAAAUGACAGAAAACAGAAAUAUGAAGAAGGAAAAAUGACAAACAGCACAAAUUCUGAGAACAAUGAAGAAAAGUCAGAAGAGCACAUGGAUGUGAGGCUAAACCAUUGCUUAGCCUAUGUUCUCCAUACAUCAGGCACUACUGGGAUACCUAAGAUUGUCAGAGUCCCUCAUGCAUGUAUAUUGCCAAACAUCCAACAUUUUCGGCUACUUUUCGAGAUCACACAAGAAGAUGUUUUGUUUCUGGCCUCACCUCUGACCUUUGAUCCUUCCGUUGUGGAAAUAUUUGUUGCUCUAUCCAGUGGUGCCUGUCUGCUUAUUGUACCAGCUUCUGUCAAAGUGCUUCCAUCAAAGUUAGCUGCUGUUCUCUUUUCACAUCACAGAGUAACUAUUUUGCAGGCAACACCAACAUUGCUUCGAAGAUUUGGAUCUCAGCUUAUCAAGUCAACUGUUUUAUCAGCCAGUACUUCUCUUCGAGUAUUAGCCCUCGGUGGUGAAGCAUUUCCAUCAUUGGCUGUUCUCAAAAGCUGGAGAGGAGUAGGCAAUAAAACACAAAUAUUUAAUAUUUAUGGUAUCACAGAGGUAUCAAGUUGGGCAACUUUUUACAAGAUUCCAGAGAAGUUUCUUAACUCUACUUUGAAAUGUGAAUUGCCUGUACCACUGGGAUUUCCACUGCUUGGAACAGUAGUUGAAGUCAGAGAUACUAAUGGUUUCACAAUUCAAGAAGGCAAUGGCCAAGUAUUUUUAGGUGGCAAAAACAGAGUGUGUUUUCUUGAUGAUGAAAUGAUAGUACCACUUGGCACAAUGCGAGCCACGGGAGACUUGGUGACAGUGAAAGAUGGAGAGAUGUUUUUCCUGGGACGAAAGGACAGUCAGAUCAAACGAUAUGGCAAACGUCUUAACAUUGAAUUUGUUCAACAAGUUGCUGAAGGACUUCAGCACGUAGAGUCCUGUGCAGUUACAUGGUAUAAUCAGGAAAAAUUAAUUCUGUUCAUGGUGUCCAAAAAUGAUGUAGUAAAGGAAUACAUCUUUAAAGAACUGCAGGAACAUCUUCCAAGCCAUGCCAUCCCGGAUGAACUUGUGUUGAUCGAUUCUCUACCAUUUACAUCUCAUGGCAAAAUUGAUGUUUCUGAGUUAAACAAGAUAUAUUUAAACUAUGUAAACUUGAAGUCUGAGUGUAAACUCAAUGGAAAAGAGGAACUUUGGGAAAAAUUACAGCAUUUGUGGAAGUCUAUUCUGAGUCUCUCAGAACAUCCUUUGAAGGUUCCUGAUGAGUCACUCUUCCUAAAUAGUGGUGGAGAUUCCUUAAAGUCCAUACGGCUCCUCAAUGAGAUUGAAAAACUAGUUGGCACAUCAAUACCUGGGCUUCUGGAAAUUAUUCUUAGCAGUUCCAUUUUAGAGAUUUACAAUCACGUCCUUCAAACAGUGUUUCCAGAUGAAGAUCUGCUAUUUAGCAAGAAUUAUGCCAUGAAAAGAAAAUUCAGCGAUACUAAUCAAGAGGAAAUCAGUGGAAAAUCUUUACCUCAGAAAUCUGUCCUGACUUUAAGUUGUGACAAUGAGCUAGCUGCUUUUAUUGCAGUGAGCAGAGGGAGUCAGAUUUUGUCUCUGAAUUCGGAGUUUUUAACUAAGUUAGGACUUGGCUCUUCAGCCGGUUCUUCCGAUUUAAUUUCACAGACUAACAUUCAGAAUGUGACAAGCCUAAAUCCUCCAGCUCUUACUGGGAAGUCAAAAGAUCCAUCCUGUGUUGCAGAAGUUUCUCACGAGGGAACAUCUGUGAUAGAAGCCAAGAAAAUGGAGCUUCAUGUGAGGUGGAGGACGGACACAGGCAAAUGUGUGGAUGCUUCCCCUCUGGUUGUCAUCUCCGCUGCUGCUAAGUCCUCUGUAACUGUGUACAUUGGCUCCCAUUCCCACAGAAUGAUGGCAGUUGACCUUUACUCUGGGAAGGUGAAAUGGGAACAGAUUUUGGGAGGUCGAAUUGAAUCCUCAGCAUGUGUAUCUAAGUGUGGAAACUUUAUUGUAGUGGGCUGUUAUAAUGGGUUAGUUUAUGUUCUGAAAAGUAAUAGUGGAGAAGAAUACUGGAUGUUUACUACCAAGGAUGCUGUCAAAAGCUCAGCAACCAUGGAUCCAACCACAGGACUCCUUUACAUUGGAUCUCAUGACCAGCAUGCAUAUGCUUUAGAUAUUUAUAAAAAGAAGUGUGUUUGGAAGUUAAAAUGUGGAGGAACUGUCUUUUCGUCCCCUUGUUUGAGCCUGAUACCACAUCAUUUAUAUGUGGCUACACUGGGAGGCCUGUUACUGGCUAUAAAUCCUGCCACUGGGAACACAGUUUGGAAACAUUCCUGUGGAAAACCACUCUUUUCUUCUCCACGGUGUUGCCUACAGUAUAUUUGUAUUGGCUGUGUAGAUGGAAAUUUACUCUGCUUUACUCACUUUGGAGAACAGGUUUGGCAGUUCUCUACCAGUGAACCAAUCUUUUCAUCCCCAUGUACCUCAGCAUCAGAGCAAGAAAUAUUUUUUGGUUCCCAUGAUUGCUUUAUCUACUGUUGUAAUAUGAAAGGUCACCUCCAGUGGAAAUUUGAAACUACUUCCCAGGUGUAUGCGACACCGUUUGCUUUCUGUUACCAAGAUUGUAGCAAUGAAAUGUUGCUGGCAGCAGCAUCUACUGAUGGGAAACUGUGGAUCUUGGAAUCUAAGAGUGGACGAUUGCAAAACUUCUGUGAAAAAGAAGAUCAGAGUUUACUUGGUGGGUUAAACACUCAGUCCAUGAUGUAAUACACCAUUUACUUAUUUACAGUGAGAUCUAUUAACGAAAGGUUUUCAGAGGUAGGAUGUUUUUUAUCAAAUUAGGUUCCUUAUUUAGUAUGUUUAAGUGAACAAAAUACCAGUAUUGAACUAUAUCUAUGUAUAUAUUUAUCUCUUCCUAUAAUAUUUCCUUUGAUUUAUCCUCUUUUUUUUUCCAUUUUUGAUAUACAAAUCUUGAUGAAUAUUUUUGUGUCUGUAUUUCUCAAUUUAUUAGAUUUUGUGAUUGUAUGUCCUUUUUUCACUGGCUUGGAGGUAGGAAACACAACAAAAACCAGGAAAGAAAAAACUCUAUGUACUUUUAAGUGUCCUGAUUCUCUUAAUGUGUAUGGUUUGGGGCUGGACCUGCUUCUCCAGUGCCAUAGUCCUUUGCUUAUACCUGCAUUUGCUUGGUAUGAAGUUGCCCCCGGUGAAUUAUAGCUCCUCCUGGGAGCCAGGCCCUGUAUGCAGUCUCCUCUUGCACCUGGGCUUGGUCCAUGAUUUGCUUUAACCAACAGAAUGCAGUGGAGGUGACACUAAUGUCACUUCUGAGCCCAAGAUUCAAGAAGGGCUGGGCACUUCUGCUCUCAUGGGAUCCCAGAGCUGCCACAUGAGAAGUCUGGCAGCUAGACGGAGAGGCCAUGUUGUGAGGGAAUGGCCCUGACGUUUACUAAGAAAACCAAGGAAGCCAGAGAACCAAGGACAGGUGAAGUCCCACACAUGUGGCCCCCAGCAUUCCAGCCAGCCCCCAGCUAUUCAGGCCAUUCUGGUGCCAGACAUUUAAUUUCUCACCCAUAGAAUCCUGAGAAAUAAUAAAAUGGCAGUUGUUUUAAGCCACUAAGUUUUAGGGUAGUAUGUUAGAGUAGGGAGUUUUAGGUGGUAGCAGCAGGGAUCACUGGAGCAGAAGUUAUGUCAUCUUCUUUUCCAUGUCACUUAAAUUACUCAGAUGAAAAAAUGUCUCAAUUUUCCUUGAAAUUUCACGAUAUAAUAGCUCAGGUAAUAAAGCAGCUUUUUUUUUUUUUUUUUUUUUUUUUUUUUUUUUGCUAUGGUACUAUGAAUUUAGCCACUAGUGGUAGUAAUAAUAAUAACUAUUUAGGGCAUAUUACAUCCCAGACACUUGUGCUCAGGCACUUAAAGUAACAAAAAUGUAUCCUGUUGUUCACCUUCCCUUUUCUACAGUCAACUGUGGUAUCAUUUAACUGGUCCAUUUAUUCGUCAGUAAAGUCUCAAAUAUCAGACAUGCCAGAGUCCUUGGCUGCAAGCUAUAGAAGUCAACUUAGGCUAUUUUAAGCAGAAAAGAAUUUUUAAAAAGAAUAUUGAAUAGCUUGGAGAAUUGCAACAAGGGCUAGAGCUAUACAGCCAGGAAUAAUGAAUGCCUGAAAUCAGCAUGACUGUGGCCUGGAGAAGACACAGCUGCUGUUCUUGAACCUCUAAAUGCUCAGACCACUAAUGCUAGAUAGACAGUUACCCACCACCAUCAGACUUCCUCAUUGAUUUCAACUGGGAGACAAAUUCAGAGUCUCUUCCAAUUUUAAGUGAAACAGGUUCCAUGCCCCUGAUAGAGUAUAGGAAAGCACAUAUCGGGCAUUUCAUCUUUGGUGGUGGGAGGUGAGUGCAAGACCCAUGAGUUGGGAGAUUUCCCCAAACCUAGAGUGGGGAUUGAGGUACAGACUGGUCAAAAAGAACAACAUCUCUUCUGCCAAGUUUAAAUCAGUGCUUCUUAAAUCUUUUUUUUUUUUUUUUUUUUUUUUUGAGAGUGAGAGACAUAGAGGGAGACAGAAUCUCACAAGGGACAGAGAGAGUGCGGAGCCCAAAGUGGGGUUCAAACUCAGGAACCAUGAGAUCAUGACCUGAGCCAAAGUCGGAUGCUUAACCAACUGUACCACCCAGAUGCCCCCAGUGCUUCUUAAAUCUUAAUGUAUUAACCACCUGAAGCUCUUGUUAGAGUGAAAUGCACGUUAACAGUUGAGAGGGCUGAAAGUGUGUUUUGCUGGGCCAUAAUGGAACCUGAGGCAAAAAGAAAAAUCAGCAAUACUGAUCCUGUCUUUAUUUAAAAUUUUGAUAAUUGUUCAUGUUGGAAUUUGUAUGAAUU